CACUUAUCCAAUACGGCAGCAUCUUACUGACAGACACUAUGCUUUCGAAAAUGCAGCGUUUUGUAACUUUUGUUGCUUUUUCUUUGUUUUUGCGUUUCGUGAUCGUGUACAUUAUUUGCAGAAGCCUGGCUGUUUCGCGAAGUGUGACAAUCAUGACGACUUCUUUACAAGACCCCACACAAGUGGAUGAAAAACUCUCCCACAGCGGCCAGAAUCAAUUGUUCAACUGGAAACAUUCUGCUGUCUUGUUCGUAAUAUGCAUUUUAUGUUAUUCUAACAGCACGAACUGUGAUCUGGUGUUUGACGAUAUUUCCGCUGUCAAAGACAACAAAGAUCUUCGUCCUUCACAACCGCUUAGUAAUUUGUUGUGGAAUGAUUUUUGGGGCACUCCGAUGUCCAAGGAAAACAGUCAUAAAUCAUAUCGUCCGUUUACCGUUCUUACAUUUCGAUGGAAUUAUGGCAUCCACGGAUUUGAGCCUUUUGGAUAUCAUUUCAUUAAUCUCGUUCUGCAUGCUUUGAAUUCGUUACUGGUGUACAGAUGCUUUUGUUUUCUAUCUUCGGAAAUUGCGGCGUUUGUUGGGGCAUUACUUUUUGCGGUUCAUCCGAUUCAUACAGAAGCGGUUACCGGUGUUGUGGGUAGAGCCGAGUUACUGUCAACUGCAUUUUCUUGUGGAAUUUUUAUUCUUUAUGUUUCUUGUAACAAGAAAGAUAUACUAUGGAAAAUUGCAUCGCCUUUGCUAUUGGUCUUAGCGUUAUUCAGCAAAGAACAAGGAAUCACUAUUGUGGCGAUUUGUGUGCUUUAUGAAUUAUUUAUCUUUCAGAAGAUGACCGUCGAAGAUAUCCUGCGGUUCACAAAAGGGAUUUUCCAGGACAAACCGAAAUCAAAUCCGGCCGUAAUAAAUGCUAUCCGAAAUUUAUGGAUUAUCCUCGUGUCAUCGAUUUUGCUAAUGGCAUGGCGCUUCAAUAUUAUGAAAGGCCAGUUACCUGUUUUUACGCCUUUUGACAACCCUGCAUCGGUAUCCGCUUUCCCGGUGAAACAGAUGACCUACUUGUAUUUGUUGGCGUUAAAUACAUGGUUGUUGAUCUUUCCUUGGAGUCUAUUAUGUGAUUACACUAUGGGAACAGUUCCACUUGUUCAGUCCAUUUUUGAUGAAAGGAAUCUGGCAACGACUGUAUUUCUUCUUGUAAUGGGGAAACUUUGCACUCGAGCCGUAUUUAGCAAGUGUGCAAAUGAACGCAAGAUAUUAAUUAUGGCGCUGUCAUGGAUGGUUUUCCCAUUUCUGCCGGCUAGUAACCUAUUGUUCCCGGUGGGAUUCGUUGUCGCCGAACGAAUUUUGUACAUGCCUAGUGUUGGCUUUUGUCUUCUGAUCGCUUAUGGGUUCGACGGAUUGAAGCGGAAGAUCUCGAAGAAAUCACAAAAGCAGUAUUUCUUAUACGUCGCAAUCGCUCUGACUCUGAUUACGUGGGGAUAUCGCACUUACGUCCGAAAUGUGGAAUGGAAAACAGAAAGUUCAUUAUUUCGCUCCGCUCUACGGAUUACGCAAACAAAUGCCAAGGUGUUCAACAACAUAGGACACGCUCUUGAAAAAACGAAUGAGCUUUCUGAGGCUCUGGAUUUUUUUAAAAGCGCCGCAUUAGUCCAACCCGAUGAUAUUGGAGCAUGGAAUAAUGUCGGGCGCACUCUGAACCAACUCAACCGUACACAGGAAGCUGAGGCUGCCUGGCGGCGUGCGAAGGAAUUAUUGCCACAACCCAAACCCGGUCAGCAGUAUCAAACGCGCAUUGCGCCGCAGCAUUUAAAUGUGUUUCUCAAUCUGGGAAACAUUAUGGCCAAGGAUCCUUUGCGCCUAGAAGAAGCCGACCAAUUGUACCGGCAGGCCAUUAGUAUGCGCAAUGAUUAUGUCGAAGCGUAUAUCAAUCGCGGGGAUGUGCUGCUAAAGCUGAACCGGUCCAAAGAUGCUGUGGAAGUUUAUCAAGCUCUCCAAAUCGAUAGCACAAAUGCCGAUAUUUAUUAUAAUUUGGCCGUGGUGUAUACCGAUCAAGGACGCAGUGAGGAGGCGAUACAGUAUUUCGAGAAAUGUCUUGCAAAAAAUCCGGAUCACCAAUUGGCGCUGUUGAAUUCUGCAAUACUGAUGAGCGAACUGAAGAACAGCCAGUUGUACGAUGAUAUACAGUGGAGACUGGAAAAAGUUACUCGAAUGAAGGAUGAUCCCAACGCCUAUUUUCAGUUGGGUCUUCUUAUGAUGGAUCGCAAGCAGCCGCUGGAAGCUGAAAAAUAUUUCUUGAAGACCGUAAAGCUCAAAGAAGACCAUAAAAGCGGUCUUUUCAAUGCUGCUCUGCUUUUGAAUAACCGCCAGGAGCCUAUGGCUGCGUUGGAGCAUUUAUUGCAUCUUAUUAAGGUUUAUCCUGAUUAUAUCAAGGCAUGGAUACUUAUUGGCGAUAUUUACAUAAACGGAUUGAAAGAUUUCUCGAAAGCCGAGACGGCAUAUCGCGAAAUUCUUCAAUACGAGCCGGCAAAUUUCCAGGCCGCUCAUAAUCUUUGCGUAACCUUUAUCGAACAAGGCAAAUUACCGGAAGCGGACCAGUGUAUGGCCGAAUUGGCCAAUUUGAUGCGAGACGAUCAGCAGUACCUGGCCACUCAUUUUCGAACCAUUCAUGAUCGCUUGCAACGCCGGAAACAAGCAGCUUCUCCGGUAUCAGCUCCAGUGUUCAACUAGCUGUAAUCUAAUUUUCCACAAAUACUCUUUGGACCAUGGAAUCUCCAUUUCUACCUAGUGUGAAUUUUCCCAGCUGUGAUAUUUGCAAUUCUUUCGGGUGUGCAGUUUAGAUCUCGCAGGUUUUUCUCUUGUUUUCGUGCUUUUAUAUUGGUAGUGACCGUAGUGUGUUUGUGAUGAUUACUUUUAGUGGCAAAUAGAGGAAAUCAAUUGUUACAUAAUUACCGCUCACGUUUUGUACAAUUAAAACCAAGGUCACAUGAGUCGUACGUGUGACCGUUUUUGGACAGCUCCCAAAUCGCUCGUGAAUCGCUGUCUUUGUGUUUUGGUAUCGAUUGGUUUCCGAAGAUUCUUUUUGAUUUUUAA